AAAUUUUAACAUUUAUUAACUCCCUUGAAUUCUAGAAAUAACAACAAUCCAGACAACGAAGAAAGUGAAAGAUGUAUAGUUUUGAGGGAAAUUUCCGUCGAGCACCUGUACAAUCUUUAAGAGGAGCAAGUAAAAAGGAUGAUAAAGAACUUUUGAUAAAGAGAGCUCAAACAGAAAGACAGAAAAGAGAGGACCAGAGAAGGAGAGCUGAUAGUACAGUAUGCAUUCAGUCUUACUAUCGUGGAUAUUCUGUCAGAAAGAAAUGUGCUGAACGGUUGAGGAUUGAGUUUGAUAAAGAAAGCAAUUUAAAGAAAAACUCCACAGAUACUAAUUUCUUGUUGAAGUUGACUAGCAAACUAGGUUACUUUUGUGAUGUGAAGAAAGAUGGCCAAAGACUGAUUUGGCUUUGUCAGAAUAUAAUGAAGUCAAAAGAAAAUAUUAUUGCUGUGUUAUAUAGUCAAAAACCACAAAGAUCAUUUCUCAUCAACAGAUUGUUGGUUCUUUGCUUAAGAUACUUGGUAUCCAUAGCUGAUACAUCACAACCUAUAGCAGUACCAAUGAGAAUGUUGGAAACAUUUACAUCACAGACUCUGUACAAAAAUCACAGUCAUUUGUCAGUUAUUUGGUCCCACCUGAUUGAAAAGGGUUACUUUGAGUAUAUGAGGACAAUAUUUGAAGCUAAAGUACCCUCUAACUUAGAGAAAUCCACUGUACCACCAACACCACAGGCAGGCAGUAUAUUCUCCCUCAUUAUGUCACCUAUUGUAUUUGCUACAGAGGCGAAGAACAAAGUAUUCAGUCAGUUUAUCCUGAAGUCCUUGUGUAGAUCCUUCUUCUGUCCAGCCUUCAGUGAACAGAUUGAACAAUUUCUUCUACCAGCAAUGGCUUACAAUAAAUUUCCAUUCCCACUUGUUGAGCUCAUACAAGCACUUCUUCAACAGACAAGUGAUACCUCAAAGGUGAAAUAUCAAAGAUGUGAUGAUAUGGAAGAUAUACCAAAGACGCAAUGGUUAUUAACUGCAGUAGUGACAUUUGCUGAAAGAUAUUUGGAUAUUAUGUCUACCCCAGAUGUACUGAACUUACUGUUAGUUCUCAAACAACUUUUACCCUGUGUUGCUGUUCACAGUAAGUUUGGUUCUCAUGAAGAUUCUGAUUCAGAAGAGGAGGAAAUGGAAACAGAUUCAAAUAUUAACUUCAAAAGUCAGCAUGAAGAUAUUGUGGCAUUUCUGAAUUCUCAGAAGUUUGUACAUGCUGUUGUUAGAUGUCUCAGUCAAAAUAGAAAGUUAGAUGAGCAAGACGUUUCAUGUGUGUGUGUUAUAUGUUAUUCUCUUAUGUCACAGUUUAAUCUAUCCAUCCAUAAACAAAGACUUUUAUACAGUUUAGCAUUCAACAGAGAGUUCAUGGUGAAGUUAUGGUAUACCUGUGUAUCUAUGUCUAUCGUAUCUGUUACAAGAACUGAAACAACGUUAUUACAAACAUUAUCUCGAGGAUUACAGAUGUCAGAGGAAGAUAUAAAUCGUAUUGUUCCAAUGUUGUCCGUGUUUUGUGCCAUGUUUAGUCAUUCUCUGUAUACAUUACAUGAUGCUGAUUUCUAUGGAGAAACAUUCAAUGAUAAAACCAAUAGUAUGCCCUUUUCUCUGGAUGAGUUAGUACCAAUGAUAUUGAUGUUACGAGAUUCCUGUCUAGGAAUUAUAGAACUAGCCCAUCCUGAUGCCAAACCAAUGAUCACUGAUGAUUAUAAAGAAGCUUUAAGAAUCACUGGUGUCAGAGAUGUAACCAAACAAUCCAGAGAUGAAGAAACAAGAAGAUGGGCUUAUUUAUUCAAGGUGAUAGCAACAUUAGUAAGACAGAUCUAUAUCAGAGAUGCCAGACGAUCUUUUUGUCCUAGACAAAUGUGGUUAUCUGAUAGAGUACAUAUACAGGCUGAUAAGCCAUCUCAAAUUUACAGAGCACAAGGUUCAGUCUUCACAAGAAGACCUUUUGGUACAAUGAGAUCAUUGACAAAAGUUAAAAUUGAUGAUGAUGGACCCCCACUAUCUAAUACUGAUGUUAAGAACCUUGUCAUACUUACAGAAUUACCAUUUGUUGUCUCCUUUGCAGAACGUGUCAAGAUAUUACAGAAGUUGAUUCAGAAUGACAGAGAAGAAAACCAAGGAGAUACACACCACUUCUUGUCUGGUCCUGCAAUCAGUGUUAUGAUCAGGAGAAACUAUAUCUAUGAAGAUGCAUUUGAUAAACUCUCACCUGAAAAUGAACCAAAUCUAAAGUUGAAGAUGAGAGUACAGUUAGUAAAUGCUGCUGGACUAGAUGAGGCUGGUAUUGAUGGUGGAGGUAUAUUUAGGGAGUUUUUAUCAGAGUUGUUAAAGACAGGGUUUGAUCCUAACAGAGGACUAUUCCUGAGUACGACAGACAGAUUGUUAUACCCUAAUCCACAAGCUGCUCUGUUGAUGGAUAACUUCACACAGCAUUAUUUUUUCCUAGGAAGGAUGUUAGGAAAGGCUAUUUAUGAAAACAUGUUAGUAGAGAUUCCAUUUGCCAGUUUCUUUCUGUCCAAGAUUUUAAGCCGACAUGGUGGUGACCUUGACAUACAUCAUCUAGCGUCAUUAGAUCCAGAAAUGUACAAAAAUUUGUUAUCGCUGAAGACUUAUGAUGGUGAUGUAUCAGACUUGGGCUUGGAUUUUUCAGUGGUCAACAAUGACUUUGGCCAAACUAAAAUAGAAGAAUUAAAACCGGGUGGACGUGAUAUUGCUGUAAACAACAGCAACAAAAUUGAAUACAUUCAUUUAAUGGCAGAUUAUAAAAUUAACAAACAGAUAAGACAGCACUGUACAGCAUUCAGACAGGGAAUGGCUGAUCUCAUUAACUUGGAAUGGUUGAGAAUGUUUGACCAUCAAGAACUACAAGUUCUUAUAUCUGGUGCCCUGGUUCCUGUUGAUAUAGCAGAUCUCAAACACCACACAAACUAUUCAGGAGGCUACACAUCAGAUCACAGAAUUAUAAAGUGGUUUUGGGAAGCAGUAGAAAGUUUUACAGACCAUCAAAAGAGACAACUAUUAAAGUUUGUGACUAGUUGUUCAAGACCACCACUGUUAGGAUUUAAAGAUCUGUACCCAGCAUUCUGUGUUCAUCAUGGUGGAAGUGAAGAACGUCUUCCUACAGCAAGUACCUGCAUGAAUCUCCUAAAACUUCCAGAAUUUGGCAAUGAAGAAACACUAAAAAAUAAACUGUUAUAUGCCAUUGAAUCAGGUGCUGGUUUUGAAUUGAGUUGAUUGACAGCACACAGUUUAGAAACAUUAUUUAUGAAUUCUGUAAUGAGAUAACUUCAUAUCUUGUUGUUUUUUGUCCAUAUUAGGGAUGUUGUUUCUUAAAAAUACCUUACUUUUAAAGGAGUAAAAACAAAUCUUGGUAUUCUGUGAAUUCACUUUUCUUUGUAUUAUAAGCAUUCAGGUGUCUUUUUUGCACCCAAAGUAAUUUUAACUCAUUACUACACAGAGUUAAGAUAGAUGAUUGGAUAAAUUCAUGAUAAAUCGCAGGUUCAUUCAUUGUUACUUUUGAUAAAGUUCAACAAGGAGGUUAUGUUUCAAAAGUGAAAAAACAUUUUCUGCAUUGUUUUUGGAAUAGAUGUAUGAUAUUACAGCUUUUCUAGAAAAAUUAUUGUUAUUGUUGCAGAGUAAAAAAAAAUCAAGGAUUAUAGAACUUAACAUUGAAAUAAGCUUGUUUACAAGAUCAGAAAGUUUAAACAGUUACACUGUUGAAUGAGAUCUUGUUGAACAGUUAAUAUGGUUAUAUCAGUAUUAUUCUCAAUAUUUUUUGCUUCACCCAUUUCAUGCAGACAGAAGGAAAAUGUGUAUCAAUUAUAACAUAAUGAAAGUAUCUAUGAACAAAAUAACAUGUAUAUAUGUAUCUUGGCCUGUGAUAGUUAUAUGUAAUAACCAACUCAUUACAGUUAUAUCAGCCAUUUAUGAAUCUAUUGAAACUACAUAAUUAUGGAUAUAGAUGAUACCAUGAUACAUUGUUUAGUAAUUUAUUCAUUACUGUAAAUUUAACAAAUGUCAUCCUUUUCUUUAAGAUUUGUGUAAUGUAUAUUGACGUUAAGUCUUUCAGUAUUUAUAAAGUUAAAGUUUUUUUCUUUUUUUUAUUUAAUAAAUAGCUUCAUGUAACAAUGUCAGACUUGUACUACAUUAUAUGCAUAACGUGACGGUACCCAAAUUGCACCUUUUUUGACAGUUUUUUCACCUACGUUUUUUUAUGAUCAAGAAAAAAAUUUCCAUACUGUGUUUAUUGUGUAGCCCUAUCCUUCUUUAAUGUAUAGGUACACCAAUUUG